AACUGAGCAUUGAGCAUAGCCAGGCUUGGACGCAGUGCCAUUUAUUGCACUUCAUAGUAGAUAAUAACACUGGGACAUGAUAAAGGGAGAAUACUUUUCAGUCUACAGAUGACAUAAGCAAAUUUCAUCUUAUCCAAUCCUCACAGGCCUCUUGUGGCUGGCUCCUUUUCCACCAGUCUCAGAUGAGAAAACCAAAUUCCACAGAACUUUACUGCCCAAGGUCACAAGACACUCACAGGGUGGACUAGAACCCAAAACUGAUGCUUUUUCUCCUAAAGUAGGUAAAGUGCAUGAUGCUCCCCUCAAAAUACCAUGCAAAGAAGUAUUGAUUUAAAAAGAUUUCAUGUUGGAGCACCUGGGUGGCUCAGUUGGUUAAGUGUCUGACUCUUGAUUUUGGCUCAGGUCAUGAUCUCACAGUUCGUGGGAUUGAGCCCUGUGUUGGGCUCUGUGUUGACAGCAUGGAGCCUGCUGGGGAUUAUUUCUCUCCUUCUCUCUCUCUCUGCCUUCCCCCUCCACCUCCGCUUGUGCUCUGUCUCUCAAAAUAAAUACAUAAACUUAAAAAAAAGUUUCAUGUAGAUCCAAUGAAUGAUUCACACAGCUAAGGUUUAUUUUCCCAUAGGUUAUCCUCAAAAAGAGAGCUUGAAAAAUACUGAAUUUGUAUCAAGUUCAAAUCAAGAAGAGCAUUUGGCUAAACUAUUUGAUGAAAUUCUACAGCAAGUGUUUUCCAAUGUUCCAUAUGAGGAAACAAGAACAGCAGGCAAAUCAGUUACAAAGAGAGACAAGAGAAAAGGAGCCAGUGUUGCUGGGUAUUCUACUGAACCAAGAUUUCUCCUUGGCAGCAUGGAUAGAGUGUCCACUAAUGGUCACGUUUCAGAGAAGAGGAAUAGAAAAUCCUUUCUAUUCAGCAGGGAUAUAAAUGAGCAAUUUAGUACUGAAGAUAAUGAAACACUUCCAGAAGCAGUGAGGACAGAUACACAAAAUAAGGAUGUACCAUGCGCGCAGCUUCUGGACUUCCUCCAGAGGAACAUCAUCAUUGCUGCUGCCUCGGUGGCGGGAAUCCUCGUGGUCACAGUGUUGUUGUUGCUGGUGUUGACUGCAUGCAUCAGGAGGAAAAAGCCAUUAUAUCCUCCAGCAAACAUGACAUAUAAUAUUUUUAUACUGAAUGGGAAGACUUGGUGGCAAAAGUAUCAAGAAAAGAACCCCAGAAAACAAAAGGGAAAACAGAAACAGUUGAAGUCCAAGUCCUGCGUCUAAGCCAGGUGGUGGGGCCACCAAACCAGGACUUAAUGCUGCAAUGCCAGGCAGUUCUCAAUCCAAACACCAUGGAGAGGCAUUUGGAUUUCUGGCUGUGAGAUGUGCUCUGCAAAAUGCUUACCUUCUCGUCUCAAUUUUGAAUGGACCAAGAAACAAAUGUUCACCACAGGAUGCUCACAGUGUGGUAUGGCACUAAUGGCUAGUGCGGGAGACUUAGCACAUUUGCCCAAAGACAAACCCUUUCAAGCUAUGGAUGUAUUUAUUUAUUAAAGCAUUGAUUCUCUGAUUCAGCCAUUCAUUGAACAGAUAUUAAUUGAACACCAAAUACGUAGACAAUAUCAAAAUACAUGAGGCAAGCAAAGAUAUUGGAAGCAGGCCUGGUCCUCGCCGGUUUCUGAGGACAGGGCAGGCAGCCGGCUGAAGCUCUUCGGUAGUGGAUUGAGGCCUCUACACUCUGAUUGCUAACGGGGUCCAGGGGGGAGAGGGGUUGGGGGGGCGGCACCUGGUGUUGCAGGAGUGAGGCUGCCAGUGUAGCUCAGGCAACCUAUGUUGGCAGGCGAGGUCAGGAGAGAGGGGAUGAUCUCAUGGUUCGUGGGUUUGAGACCCACAUCAAUCUCUGUGCUGACAGCAUGGAGCCUCUCUCUCUUCCUCUCUCUCUGCUUCUCCCCUG